AGAGCACGGUGAAUGUGCUCCUUACUGAACUUAAACCAGAUGGGAAUCAGUGCUAUUACGUGCUAUGCAUAUGCAUGUAAGUUCCGCCGCUUUUAUUUGGCUGGUGGACGCCUCCUUGAAAACAGGGGGCACAUGUAGAUCGGUCACGGCCCACCGCCGACAACCCCAGUACAACCCAGCACCCGAAUACCUGGUGAACACGAUCACGGACAGCCGGAAAGCUCAGCUAGGCCGGACGUAAUCCCAACCAUGGAAGUCAGUUCACGGUGGAG